AACUACCACCACUCUAACAUCUAUUUCAUUUUCCUCAUACCAUCUGAUCAUGGAGGUCCAACCAAGACUCUCUCUUCUUCUUCUUCCUCUGUCCCUCUUCUUCUUGGGAGCCACAGUUUCAGGCACUGUGUUCACGCUUGAAAACCAUUGCAGCUACCCGGUUUGGCCAGGAACAUUAUCCGGCAAUGGAGCUGACGUCCUCGGAGAUGGCGGCUUCGAAUUGCAACCUGGCGCAUCCGUCCAGCUCCCGGCACAAACCGGGUGGUCCGGCCGGUUCUGGGCUAGAACCGGGUGCAACUUCGACGACUCCGGCAACGGAAAGUGCGCCACCGGCGAUUGCGGUAAACUCAAGUGCACCGGCGGCGGCACUCCGCCGGUGACGCUGGCUGAAUUCACCCUCGGCGAUAAGGACUUCUACGACGUGAGCCUGGUGGACGGGUACAAUGUGGGCUUGGGCAUACGUCCCAGCGGCGGCUCCGGGGACUGCAGGUACGCCGGUUGCACGGCGGACGUCAACGCCCAGUGCCCUCCGGAGUUGCAGGUGAAGGAUGGGGACUCGUCUGUGGCGUGUAAGAGCGCGUGUGCGGCGUUUAACACGACGGAGUUCUGUUGCUCGGGCGAUCACGCGACGCCGCAGACAUGUUCGCCGUCGGAGUACUCGAAGAUCUUUAAGAGUGCAUGCCCGUCUGCUUACAGUUAUGCUUAUGAUGAUGCUACGAGCACUUUUACCUGUUCCGGCUCCAAUUACUUGAUCACAUUUUGUGUUACAAGUUAAAUUUGAUUACAUGUUUUUAUUAGUUUUGGAAAAAAAAAAAAAUUAUAGGUAUGUUAGUAUUAGUAUUUAUUUGGUGGGAGUAAUUGAGUAUAUUAGUUGCAAUUGUUAGAAAUAUGUUUUUGAAGCUUAUAUAAAUUCAUGUACUUCACCAAUUUUAAUUAUGUGGAAUAAAGAUUUUGAAAUUAUUUUAAUUAUGUGGAAUAAAGAUUUUGAAAUUUAAAAUUACAUGAGUUGUAAUUAUGUGAAUUUUCUCUGGCUUUAACUUAUAAAUAGAUAUAAAUAAAAUAAAAUAAAAAAACAGUGUUAAUAUAUUCCAUCCUAGAAAUAUGAUUACAUGUAUAUAUAUAUAUAUAUGGAUCCCUAUUUGCCAGGUAACAC